AUGGACUCUGAAGCGUGCACGGCAUCGUCAGUCGACGCGAGAUCACCAACCUCGCCCCCGUUUAAGAAUCAGCUAGAUCAUGGCGAAUUCGUGGACUCUGAAGACGAAGGCGAGGUCGAGUUCGCUUCCGAGGAUCAAGGGCUUUACGCAAGCGGCCACUUCUAUCCUAUCUGCAUCGGUGAGACCCUGCACAAUGGACGUUAUCGUAUCGACCACAAGCUCGGCCGCGGCGGCUUCUCUGUUGUCUGGCUGGCGCGGGACUUGAGGGAGCACAAGAAUGUAGCUCUCAAGGUGCUCAGCUCAUCAGACGCUGCUGCCCAGGAGCAUCAAAUACACAGAAAACUUCUGGAUCGUGCUCAGGAUCACUCCCGCCUUGUCCUCUGCCAGGACUUUUUCAUGCUUCAGGGAUCCAAGGGUGAGCAUCAUGUGCUCGUACUCCCAUUACGCGGCCCGAACUUGAGUUCGUACCUUAUGAAGAGCAAAAGACCCAUUGCUGUCUAUAUGUCGGCAGCGAAAGAUCUUUUACAAGCCGUCAUCAGUCUCCAUAGUGCUGGUUUUGUGCAUAGAGACAAUGAUGGACGAGCGUUGACACAAAGAACACUCGCAGACAUUAUACUUGCCAACACUGUUUGGGAUAUUGAUCCCGAGUUCCAUAACCUCACGGUUGAUGACCAAUAUAAGCUUCUAGGCCGCCCGAGGAAGGCAAGGAUGUGGGUAGAAACCAGCAAGCCUGGCGAGCUCGUCGAGCCAGCUACCUUUCCGGCCAGUCUCGUCGGUUCCCACGCCCAUCUGUGCGAUUUCGGCAUCCUCGUCGAUUCAGGCACCGCGGUACCUGUCAAACUCCAGUCACCGCCUGAGUUCUGCGCGCCUGAACUUUUCCACGGUUUCGAACCGAGCUUUUCCAGCGACAUAUGGAGCUACAUGGUCGUAUUUAUGUACCUCUACUCGGGAGGCUUCCACCCGCUGUUCCCUGGGCUCUAUCCCGCCCACAAAAUGCAAAGCAUCAUCGAGCGCCUGGGCCCGCUUCCUGCGCAUUGGAAGGGCCGGUGGGACGCUCCUGAAUACGGACAGCCCAUCGAAGGCUCAUGGUACGACCAGGAUCGAGAGAUGCAGCCGACGAAUACAUUUAGCGCCUUCCUUGAUCAACAUCGACCGGACAUCAGCGCAGUUGAGAAGGCUUGUGCCCUAUCGCUCAUCGCGAAGGUUUUCUGUCAUCUUCCAGAGGAUCGUCUAACUGCCUCACAAUUGGCGGAUGACCCGGAUUUCAAGAGACUGAUGCAGUUUUACGAAGUUUGA